AUGCACGGGGAUCCCGCCUCCCUAUCCAUCUUCAAUGAGGAUGAACCUAUGGUAUACCUGGAAAGCCUGGACUGCAAAAAUUAUCGCAAACUCGCCUGGAGGCCGGAUGAUGAUGAGGACGCUGAGGGUUCCCUAGACACUGACAGUGGCUUGGUCAUGCAUAAACCCCACGCCGAAACCAAUACAAACAUUCGCCUGAAGAAUCUCAAAGACCUGGUGCCCGACGACCGGCAACUGGAGGACAUACGCUCGGUCUCCGCUUGCCGGGUGAACAUCAGCUCCCCGGUCAUCAUGCAGAGUGGAGCAGACGGCCAUCGUCACGCAGAGAAGCUGCGUUGCCUUUUUGCCAUUCAGCAGGUCUACGACUCCCGCAUAGCUGAAAAGGAGGCUGCCCGCCAGCAACAAGAACGGGCCCGGUGCUUGUACGAACAAAUGCGUCUGGCGGAACUGCGUUACGCCAACAAUCGACAACCCAGUUUCUGCACCGAAAGUGAAUCCAUCUCACCGGAUGGAAAGAAGAAGAAGUCAGAUGAGGACAUCGAUGAGGAGAGUGUCCACACAAAACUCCUGCAUGGUUUCAACAUCAGCACCAAACUGCCCACUGGACGCAUAUCUACUCUGUCAGAGGGUCUCCUGGAGAUGCCGGAGGAGAUGAUUCGGCUGCAGAGUCAUCGGGUGCCUGCGCCUACCAUUGAAGCCACCUACUCUGAGGCCUCUGAACUCCUAGCCACGCAUCUGAACAAACUGGAUGAUCGGAAGUUUAUUUAUCAACACGGCGAUGCUACCAGUAGAGAGAAGGGCAAGAAGCAGUAA